CAGAUUCUUUGGUCGGCUCUUUGAAAAGCCAUCCAUGUUUUUGUUAAUUUAUAGAAUAAAAAUUUGAGUUUUCCCAAGAAACAUUGCUAUAUAUAAACAAGCCAGUGAGACUUUGAGAAGGCAUUGAUCGUACGUAGAAGAAGAAAAAGAGAGCAAUGGCCACCAUUACAACCGAUCGUUCAACUCAACUAAAUGCUUUCGAGGAGACCAAGACCGGCGUAAAAGGCCUUGUUGAUUCUGGAAUCACUGAGGUUCCGGCUAUCUUCCGUGCGCCUAUGGUUGUUUUAGAUAACCUAAAACCACCACCAGCUUCGCAGCUAACGAUCCCGACCGUUGAUCUGAAAGAAGGAGGAGUCUUCUUAAAGAACCAAGAGGGCUCGGUCACGCGGCGAGGCAUGGUGGAGAAGAUAGGAGAUGGGGCGAAAAAAUGGGGAUUUUUCCAGGUGGUCAAUCACGGGAUUCCUAUCGACAAGAUGGACAAGAUGAGAGAAGGGAUUCGAGGGUUUCACGAGCAGGACACGGAGUCUAAGAAACGGUUCUACUCUCGCGAUCACACCAGAAAAUGGGUUUGCUACAGCAACGUCGAUCUCUACACCGCUCGGGCUGCGAGCUGGAGAGAUACCCUUUGUUGCUAUAUGACCCCCGAUCCUCCCACACUGGAAGACUUGCCUGCGGUUUGUGGUGGAUUAUGAUGGAGUACAAAAAAAGAAAUUAUGAAUUUAGGUGAACUGCUCUUUGAGCUUCUCUCAGAAGCCCUAGGGUUAAAGCCUAAUCAUCUCAAGGACAUGGGCUGCACCGAGUCACUGGUCAUGUUCUGCCAGUAUUACCCACCCUGCCCUCAGCCCGACCUUACUCUAGGCUUAAGCAAGCACACCGAUUUUUCUUUUCUAACCAUUGUUCUUCAGGGAAAUAUAAUCGGAGGGCUUCAAGUUCUCCAUGACCAGUAUUGGGUCGAUGUUCCUCCUGUCCCUGGGGCUUUUGUCGUUAACAUCGGAGAUCUUCUCCAGCUUAUAAGCAACGACAAGUUCAUAAGCGUGGAGCACAGGGUGGUAGCAAAUGGAGCCGCUGAACCGCGGAUUUCGGUGCCAUGUUUCUUAAGCAGCAUCAUGAAGGCGAAUCCUCGAGUGUAUGGACCCAUCAAAGAGCUUCUGUCAGAACAAAACCCUCCAAAGUAUAGGGAGUUAACCAUCAGUGAGUUCUCAAACAUGUUCGGGACAAAAGAACUCAAUACAUCUGCGUUACACCAUUUCAAGAUCUGAGAUAUUGACCAAAGAACAUGUCUUUGCGUUCGUAAAGCGUGCAUGUAUGCGUCAACACCAUGUCAAGAUCUCUGAGUCAAUCACAAAAUAUAAACCGUCUCCGUAAUAAUAAUGUGUCUGAUUGUCUUCAUAAUUCUCUUUUGACCAAAUAAAAUCCCUUAAGCACCAUUGACCCAA